CGAGCCGAAGAGCGGGGAGUUGGGCUGAAAUCCGGGCGCCGGGGCGCUUCCAGCGGGGAGAAGUGGGGGCCCUGCCCGGGGCCUUCCAGCGUCCCGGCUGUGCGGUGUCGCUCCCCCAACCAGGCCUGUCCCAUUUUUUUCUCUCGCCCAUUGCGGGCUCGGCGCGGUGCCUCCUGCCCUUUCACCUCCCAUGCGGGGUCCCGGCUUGUGCCCCGUUCCAGGCCCCGUCCCCGGUCCGCGGGUAGUCUGAUGCCACCCGACCGCUGCUGGGGACACUGAGGCACAAAGAGAGCCUGGGCCACGCCGGAGGCCCCUGGCCAGGGCUGAGUUGCUCGCCUUCUCCCUGGUGACCUGGAGAUAGCAUUUCCCCCGAGCUGCAGCCCCCAUCCGGGGUGAUGGGAGCAACCCCGCCAGAUGGACGAGAAGACCAAGAAAGCCGAGGAGAUGGCCCUGAGACUCAGCCGAGCAGUGGCAGGCGGGGAUGAACAGGUGGCUAUGGAGUGUGCCAUGUGGCUGGCAGAGCAACGGGUACCCCUGAGUGUGCAACUGAAACCUGAGGACUCCCCAACGCAGGAUAUCAGGCUGUGGGUAAGUGUGGAGGAUCCUCAGAUGCACACUGUCACCAUCUGGCUCACAGUGCGCCCUGAUAUGACAGUGGCUUCCCUCAAGGACAUGGUGUUCCUGGACUAUGGCUUCCCGCCAGCCCUGCAGCAGUGGGUGAUUGGGCAGCGGUUGGCCCGGGACCAGGAGACCCUGCACUCCCAUGGGGUGCGGCGGAAUGGCGACAGUGCCUACCUGUACCUGCUGUCCGCCUGCAACACCUCACUCAACCCUCAGGAGCUGCAGCGGGAGCGGCAGUUGCGGAUGCUGGAAGAUCUGGGCUUCAAAGACCUCACGCUGCAGCCUAGGGGCCCACUGGAGCCGGCACCUCCGAAGCCUGGGGUCCCCCAGGAGCCAGGGCAGGGGCAGCCUGACACCACUCCAGAGCCUCUACCAGUGGGCUGGCAGUGCCCGGGCUGCACCUUCAUCAACAAGCCCACGCGACCCGGCUGCGAGAUGUGCUGCCGGGCGCGGCCGGAGACAUACCAGGUCCCUGCCACAUACCAGCCCGAUGCGGAGGAGCUAGCGCGCCUUGCAGGCGAGAUGGAGGCACUGCGACAGUACCAGCAGCGGAAGCAGCAGCAGCAGGAGGGGAACUACCUGCAGCACGUCCAGCUGGACCAGAGGAGCCUGGUGCUGAACUGUGAGCCCACCGAGUGCCCCGUGUGCUACUCGCUGCUGGCGCCAGGCGAGGCCGUGGUGCUGCGGGAGUGUCUGCAUGCCUUCUGCAGGGAGUGCCUGCAGGGCACCAUCCGAAACAGCCAGGAGGCAGAGGUGGCCUGCCCCUUCAUUGACAACACCUACUCGUGCUCGGGCAAGCUGCUGGAGAGGGAGAUCCGGGCGCUGCUGACCCCCGAGGAUUACCAGCGGUUUCUGGACCUGGGUGUCUCCAUCGCUGAGAACCGCAGUGCCUUCAGCUACCACUGCAAGACCCCGGACUGCAAGGGGUGGUGCUUCUUUGAGGAUGACGUCAAUGAGUUCACCUGCCCCGUGUGUUCCCGCGUCAACUGCCUGCUCUGCAAGGCCAUCCACGAGCAGAUGAACUGUAAGGAGUACCAGGAUGACUUGGCCCUGCGGGCUCAGAACGAUGUGGCCGCCCGGCAGACGACAGAGAUGCUGAAGUCCAUGCUGCAGCAGGGCGAGGCCAUGCACUGCCCACAGUGCCAGAUCGUGGUGCAGAAGAAGGAUGGUUGUGACUGGAUCCGCUGCACUGUCUGCCACACCGAGAUCUGCUGGGUCACCAAGGGCCCUCGCUGGGGCCCGGGGGGCCCUGGAGACACCAGUGGGGGCUGCCGCUGCCGGGUGAAUGGGGUUCCUUGCCACCCCAGCUGUCAGAACUGCCACUGAGCUGAAGAUGGCCCAGUCCCCACCCUGACCCAGCCCCACCCACAGGUUGCUGUGGGACAGGGCAGGUGCUUCGGCUCUAUUUCUGGCCUGGGAGAUGCCUUUGAACUUACCUGAGACAGCGACCCAGCAGAGGCUGAGGCCGCUGAGCUGCACGGACAGCUGUUUGCUGUGGGUGUUAACAAGGGCCCCGCCAGAGCUGGCUGUUGUCCAUAGCUGCCUCUGCCCCAGUGCCUUUGCCCUUCCCCUAGGGCUUGCUGGCCAGACCCCCCACCUCUGCUUGACCCAGCCGUAAACACAGCCCUGACCAGAAGCCUUGCUGGAUAGAGCCUCUGAAAGCCCGUGGGAGUCCACACACCCCCACCCCGCAUCCAUCACCCUCGUCUUCUGGACACUGAGCGCUCACAGCCUGCUACUUCCCCUAUUGCAGCGGCUCUCAACCUGUGGGUCGCGACCCCUUUGGGGGUUGAACGACCCUUUCACAGGGGUCACCUAAGACCAUCGAAAAACACGUAUU